AUGUUCCAUAAUCAAAUCCACGUGCCAAACUCCAGAAGCCGCCAAAAAGAUUCGGUCGAUGCCUCGUCAGAGUCCACCGCAGAAGAAGUGAGAACAGUUGAUGGAAAUUGUGGAAUAGAAGAGGCAGUUGAAGCAACAGAAGCUGAAGCUGUUGCCGUAGAAACAAAAGAAGCUGAUGAGGCAGAAGCAGUGGCAGAUGGCUUAUCAGGCCCACUAGCAGAAACUGGAAAUUCUGGAAUUGCUGCUGCUGUUGCUUUGGCAGGUGCUGCAGGAGGAGGUGGAGGAGCUUCUGGUUUGGCUUCGACUCCUGGUGGCCCCAUCAUUUCGUAUCCAUCAUCAGCCAUUAUUAUUGACACUUUUUAA